AUGGCAGACAACCAAAUCGCCGUCAGCGCGAACGGCCCUGACGAUAACAACGACCACCUUGUACAGUCCUCGGACCCGGAACAUCCUGCAAACCUCAUCCCAGAGCUGUGCCGGAAAUUCUACACUUGGGGAUGGGUCACUGGCACAGGCGGCGGGACGUCGAUUCGUCACGGAGACCACAUCUUCCUUGCGCCCUCUGGAGUCCAGAAGGAGCUGAUUAAGCCUCAAAACAUCUUCGUGAUGGAAUUCCCAACGCCCAAAUACCCGCCCUCCGCGCGCAAAUAUAUUCGCAAGCCACAGAAUCUCAAGCCAUCAGACUGCGCCCCGCUGUUCCUGACUGCGUUUGAGCGCGGAGCCAUGUGCUGCAUCCAUACACACUCGCAGUGGGCCGUUCUCGUGACACUGCUAGUAGAGCGAGAAUUCGGCAAGGAGGGCUAUUUUGAAAUCAGCAACAUCGAGCAAAUCAAGGGCAUCCCUAAAGGCAAAGGCAAAGGGAUGCACAACUAUCACGACACGCUGCGCAUUCCCAUUAUUGAAAACACGCCUUUCGAGGAAGACCUUACGGAGGGGCUCGAGAAAGCCAUUGACGCCAACCCAGACACCUACGCGGUGUUGGUUCGCCGGCACGGAAUCUAUGUCUGGGGCGAUACUCCUGCCAAGGCGAAGACACAGUGCGAAAGUCUGGACUACCUCUUCCAACUCGCGGUGGAGAUGCACAAAGUCGGAUUGCCUUGGGAUAUCAACAAGAGCUCGAAAUAG